CAAUCAAACAAACCUAGAAAAACAAAGACACAUUUCUCUUUACAAAGAAAUAUAAUGGCAAGCAUGAAGGUAGCAUGUGUUCUUUUGAUGAUGUGCAUCAUUGUUGCACCUAUGGCUGAAGCUGCAAUCACAUGUGGAACAGUAACUGGUUCUCUUGCUCCAUGCAUUGGAUAUCUUAAAGGUGGUUCUGGUCCAUCUGCAGCAUGCUGUGGUGGAGUCAAGAGACUUAACAGUGCCGCCACUACCACGCCUGACCGUCAGGCUGCUUGCAACUGCUUGAAAAGUGCUGCUGGUGCUAUUUCUGGUUUGAAUCCUAACAUAGCUGCUGGUCUCCCUGGCAAAUGUGGUGUUAACAUUCCAUACAAGAUCAGUACCUCUACCAACUGUGCUACCAUCAGGGCUUGAAGAUGAUGUUGCGGCUCCAAAGUUAUAUGGGAACUUCUCACUAGUAUUUGAGAGUGCCAUUUAAUGCUUUUAAGAAUAAUAAUGAGACUGAUGGAGGCUCAUUUUAUAUGUGGCCCUAUCCUUCUUGUACCAGACUGUAUUCGAUAGUCUCUUACCUCUGCAUGUGUUGUUUUUAUAUGAAUUACUUGGUGAAAUAUUUUGGGUUUUUACCUGGUUAUGUCAUUACUCUUAUUUUAA